AAUCUCCAGAUGUACUGUCCGAAUUUUAUCGCUUACAGAAUCAUCAGAUGCAGGCAUUACUGGAUGCCCUUAGACAGCUCAUCCAGGGUCAACGUGCAAUGCAAAACGAUGCGGCAGCCGCCGCUCCACCGCUAAUGCAGCCACAACAAGCAGUUGCACCGACCUUCAGACCUUUUGAUGCUGCACUGGAAAGCUGGACAGAGUGGUCACACCAAUUUGGAUUCCAUCUCGCCGCCUCCAGAAUUCAAGCGACGGUGCCGUCCGGUCAGCGCCCUGGGGACCCAUCUACUGGCUCGCCUCAUCCCCAGGUGUUACCGACGAGGCCUUCCAUUUUGCCCCAUGUCGACGCGCCGCCGCCUGUUCUCCCUCCGGCGCCGCCCGCAUUCGACGAUUCGCUGCAGCCGCCAAGCGCCUCCCUGGGUCAUGUGCCGCCGAUCGCUUCCCGUGACCAGCUGUCCUCCGCCAUGGACCUCUUGCCCGCUCCGGACCACAUGACGUCAUCGCGCGUCGGGUACCCAGCCGCAAUGGAGGUCGACCCUUCGGCCCCUCCUGUCUCUUUACGGGCGCAUACACCGCAUGUUGACGUGCACCCUGGACUAGGUUUUCAGGCGUUUCCUAGCUCCCCUCGGACCGAAUGGCCGGGUGCGGGUGGCACAGCCCCGCCUGUUGUUAGGCUCCCCACCUCAUCGCAUACGUCAACAUGGGGUCCUCCCCACGGCGGGCGGAAGCAUUAUAACACGACCGUUCGCCGAUUUGCGGGGGAGGAAUGUGGUGUCACCGCCAGACACCACACUUGCUAGGUGGUAGCUUAAAUCGGCCGCGGUCCAUUUAGUACAUGUCGGACCCGCGUGUCCCCACUGUGUGAUCGCAGACCGAGCGCCACCACAAGGCAGGUCUCGAGACACGGACUAGCACUCGCCCCAGUUGUACGACGACUUUGCUAGCGACUACACUGACGAAGCCUUUCUCUCAUUUGCCGAGAGACGGUUAGAAUAGCCUUCAGCUAAGUCCAUGGCUACGACCUAGCAAGGCGCCAUUAACCAUUUUAAGAUAGAGUCUCACUUGUAUC